UGUACAGCUGUACUGUAGGUCACAUGGUUUGGUAAACCCCGGAAACAGAUAUAUAUAUUUAUAUAAAGAGAGAACAGGCUUUCAGCAGCCCUUUCUUCCUUUUUUUCCCCUUAUCUUUAUUUCUUUAACGAUCCCGUUUUAAGCGUCUAUCACCACCAGACUGACGUGUGAGGGUUAAAAAUUUCUGAACUAUAACCAACCACGCCCACAGUACACAUGGCCGAUCUGUUUACUUUUCAAAAAUGAGGGUCAGUCCAUCAGUCUGAGGUUCAGUCUGUCAGCGCCAAAGCUGAGCGCACGAAUCAUCGGUCAGCGGCGAAUUUAAUCACCUCAGCAGAUAAAAUGAUGCCCUGGGCUGACAUGAAGAAAGAGGAGAUCGAGAGGCAGUAUUCCCCCAGCAGGUGGUCCCACAGGAUGUCGGCCGACGACGUGAUCAAAGCCCACGUGAAGGCUUUAAAGGAAGGUACGGAGCGAGCCCGCAGUCUGGCUCAAACUUUACUCAAUGUGCCGUACGGGGAGGGAGAUGGAGAGAAACUAGACGUCUACAUACCCCAUACUAACUCUUUGGAUGUCCAUCUUGUUGUUUACAUACAUGGAGGCUACUGGCAGUUUCUCAGCAAAGAGGAGUCUGGGUUCAUGGCUGUUCCGCUCGUUGAUAAAGGUGUAGUGGUGGUUGCAGUCGGUUACGACAUUGCCCCCAAAGGUAACAUGGACCUGAUGGUAUCACAAGUUCGCAGGAGUAUUGUGUCUGUCAUUCAGCAGUAUUCUCACAUCAGUGGUCUCUACCUGUGCGGCCACUCUGCCGGCGCGCACCUGGCUGCUAUGGUCCUCUCAACUGACUGGUCACAGUACGGCAUCACUCCCCAGAUUAAAGGUGCUUUUCUUGUAAGUGGCAUAUAUGACCUCCUGCCCAUCUUGUCCACCUAUGUCAAUGAGCCUUUGAAGAUGACAGAGGAGGUGGCAGUGAGGAACAGUCCCAGUAAGCUGGUCCCUCAGCUCAAGCUCUCCUCCUCCAGCUGUCAGAUUGUUGUGGCUGUUGCUGAGAAUGACUCGCCAGAAUUUCGCAAGCAGUCCGAAGAAUAUUACAAAACUCUGGAGGCGUCAGGACUGAAUGUGACCAUGGAGGAUGUCGGGAAUACAGAUCACUUCAGUAUUAUUGAGCAGCUCGUUGAUGGAGAGUAUCACCUAACAAAGCUUCUCUUGAAGAUGAUGGGGAAGAGCUGAGGUUGUUUGAUCCAUCAUCUAAUAUCAACAUACCUCGGUAUCAACAAACACCUCUGAACAGAGCCAUCAAGCAGCAAAACUGAUUAAAAUAUGCAUUGUUUCAGAUUUGUACACUGAUAAAUGUACAAUUUCUGUCCGUUUUGAUUCAUUGUCAAUGAGGUGCUGUGGAUUGUUCUGAUGUCUAGUUUCAUUACUUGUAAUUACUUCUUUUUUUUUAAGGCCUAAGCUUUCUAUGUUUUAACCACCAUGUAAUGAAAAUGUGUGCCUAAAGCUUAGUCACUUAAAAAUGGCGAUGGUAGUACAUUAUAAUUUCAGAUUCAGUUGUAAACAGAUUACUUAACCAUUGUGCACAAUGUUUAUGUCAGGAAACACGGUCCUGUUGCAUACGAUACCUUGCAGAGUUGAUUCUUAGUUUUGGUAUGUUUCCAAUGUUUUGUAUAUGGGUGUGUGUGUCUGUCUGGUUUAUGCGCACCCCCGUAAAAAUUCACAAAGUCUAUAAGCAAGAAUAAGAGAUCAUGUCAAGAAUAUUGACAUAUACAAACUGAAUGUAGUUUUUUAUUAUAACUUCCACAAUGCUUAUAUCUGACACAGGGAACUUUAAUAUGUUGUUGCUGACAAGGAAAAUGUGUCUUUGCACUUUUUGUUUAAUGUUAAUAAAAUAUGAAUAUGAGUAUCCAGAUAUUAUUUUAAAUGGCAGUUACAGCUAAACUGAAACUGAUGCACAUCACUGCUUGCGCCGUUGUUCUAACAUCUGACAAAAUGUUUACGCUGUGUUCUGUUAAUCACUGUAGAUUACAAAGAGAACAAUCACAUUAAAUGUUUAUAUUU